AUGGCCGCCGCCCCUGGCCGCUUCUUGUCGAGUGGAACAAAAUGGCGGCCGCAGGCGGAGCCGGGCGGGGCGGCCUUUCCUCUGCCUUUGGGCUACUUAGAAAACUAUGGCCUCCGCGCUCCUUCCUGUGCCCACCGAAGAGCUAGGCUGACGUGCGGUCGAGUGGCGGGCGCAGCCGGGAUCCUCACGUGGGAUCCGGGAACAGCGUGCGAGCGUGGCAGGCCUCGCGCCUCGGCGGGAGGGACGCGGCCCGCGGCAGGGCCCGGCCGUUGGCGCGGGACCAGCGAGGCGAACGAGUCCGGAGCCCGGCCUCCCGGCGGGGAGGAGGUGUGUGGCCGUACUGCGGGAUGUCCCGCUCGGGCGACGCCAAGAGCGAGGCUCGGUCUCUUUGUGGGCCGUGGCAGCCGAGGCGCUGUCAGCCGGGGGAUUUAUGGUGGAGGCGGCGGGUGGGCAGGAGGCCGCCUUCCUGCGGGAGAACAAAGGGCCGGCCCGGAGGGGGCGCCUCCCGCCCAGGCCUGGGCCCUCGCUAGACGCCGCUCGGAAGCUGAGCCAGCCUGGGCCUGGGGGAGGAACUCGCUGCUCUUUUGCUUUUCAUUUCUACCAUCCCCUCCCCUCCCCACCCCAUCCAUUAAUAUUAUUCUUUUGAAGAUUCUUCGUUGUCAAGCCGCCAAAGUGGAGAGUGCGAUUGCAGAAGGGGGUGCUUCUCGUUUCAGUGCUUCUUCGGGCGGAGGAGGAAGUAGGGGUGCACCUCAGCACUAUCCCAAGACUGCUGGCAACAGCGAGUUCCUGGGGAAAACCCCAGGGCAAAACGCUCAGAAAUGGAUUCCUGCACGAAGCACUAGACGAGAUGACAACUCCGCAGCAAACAACUCCGCAAAUGAAAAAGAACGACAUGAUGCAAUCUUCAGGAAAAUUGUGGACAAAGCCCUAGAAGAGCCAAAGUAUAGCUCACUGUAUGCUCAGCUAUGUCUGCGAUUGGCAGAGGAUGCACCAAACUUUGAUGGCCCAGCAGCAGAGGGUCAACCAGGACAGAAGCAAAGCACAACAUUCAGACGCCUCUUGAUUUCCAAAUUGCAAGAUGAAUUUGAAAACCGAACCAGAAAUGUUGAUGUCUAUGAUAAGCGUGAAAAUCCCCUCCUUCCUGAGGAGGAGGAACAGAGAGCCAUUGCUAAGAUCAAGAUGUUGGGGAACAUCAAAUUCAUUGGAGAACUUGGCAAGCUUGAUCUUAUUCAUGAAUCUAUCCUUCAUAAGUGCAUCAAAACACUUUUGGAAAAGAAGAAGAGAGUCCAACUCAAAGAUAUGGGAGAGGAUUUGGAGUGCCUCUGUCAGAUAAUGAGGACAGUGGGACCUCGAUUAGACCAUGAACGAGCCAAGUCCUUAAUGGAUCAGUACUUUGCCAGAAUGUGUUCCUUAAUGUUAAGUAAGGAAUUGCCAGCCAGGAUUCGUUUCCUACUGCAGGAUACUGUAGAGUUGCGAGAGCACCAUUGGGUUCCUCGCAAGGCUUUUCUUGACAAUGGACCAAAGACGAUCAAUCAAAUCCGUCAAGAUGCAGUAAAAGAUCUAGGAGUGUUUAUUCCUGCUCCUAUGGCUCAAGGGAGGAAUGACUUCUUCCUGGAGGGACCGUUCAUGCCGCCAAGGAUGAAAAUGGAUAGGGACCCACUUGGGGGACUUGCUGAUAUGUUUGGGCAAAUGCCAGGUAGUGGAAUUGGUACUGGUCCAGGAGUUAUCCAGGAUAGAUUUUCACCCACAAUGGGACGUCAUCGUUCAAAUCAGCUCUUCAAUGGCCAUGGGGGGCACAUCAUGCCUCCCACGCAAUCGCAGUUUGGAGAGAUGGGGGGCAAGUUUAUGAAAAGCCAGGGGCUAAGCCAGCUCUACCAUAACCAGAGUCAGGGACUCUUAUCCCAGCUACAAGGACAGUCGAAGGAUAUGCCACCUCGGUUUUCUAAGAAAGGACAGCUUAAUGCAGAUGAGAUUAGUUUGAGGCCUGCUCAGUCGUUUCUAAUGAAUAAAAAUCAGGUGCCAAAGCUUCAGCCCCAGAUAACUAUGAUUCCUCCCAGUGCACAGCCACCACGCACUCAAACACCGCCUCUGGGACAGACACCUCAACUUGGUCUCAAAACGAAUCCACCACUUAUCCAGGAAAAGCCUGCCAAGACUAGCAAAAAGCCACCACCAUCAAAGGAAGAACUACUUAAACUGACCGAAGCCGUUGUGACUGACUAUCUGAACAGUGGAAAUGCCAACGACGCUGUCAGUGGUGUGAGAGAAAUGAGAGCUCCAAAACACUUUCUUCCUGAGAUGCUAAGCAAAGUGAUCAUCCUGUCACUGGAUAGAAGUGAUGAAGAUAAAGAAAAAGCAAGCUCUUUAAUCAGUUUACUCAAACAGGAAGGGAUAGCCACAAGUGACAACUUUAUGCAGGCUUUCCUGAAUGUAUUGGAGCAGUGCCCCAAACUGGAGGUUGACAUCCCCUUGGUGAAGUCUUACUUGGCACAGUUUGCAGCUCGUGCUAUAAUUUCAGAGUUGGUGAGCAUUUCUGAACUAGCUCAACCACUGGAGAGUGGCACCCAUUUCCCUCUCUUCUUACUUUGUCUUCAACAAUUAGCUAAAUUACAAGACCGAGAGUGGUUAACCGAACUUUUUCAACAAAGCAAGGUCAAUAUGCAGAAAAUGCUGCCAGAAAUUGAUCAGAAUAAGGAUCGAAUGUUGGAGAUUUUGGAAGGAAAGGGACUGAGUUUCUUAUUCCCACUCCUUAAAUUGGAGAAGGAACUAUUGAAGCAAAUUAAGCUGGAUCCAUCCCCUCAAACUAUAUAUAAAUGGAUUAAAGAUAACAUCUCUCCCAAACUUCAUGUAGAUAAAGGAUUUGUGAACAUCUUAAUGACCAGCUUCUUACAGUACAUUUCUAGUGAAGUCAGCCCACCCAGCGAUGAGACAGAUUCUUCCUCUGCUCCUUCCAAAGAGCAGUUAGAGCAGGAAAAACAGCUGCUGCUCUCUUUUAAGCCAGUGAUGCAGAAAUUUCUUCAUGAUCAUGUGGAUCUACAGGUCAGUGCCCUGUAUGCUUUGCAGGUGCACUGUUACAACAGCAGCUUCCCAAAAGGCAUGUUACUUCGAUUUUUUGUUCAUUUCUAUGACAUGGAAAUCAUUGAAGAGGAAGCUUUCUUAGCUUGGAAGGAAGACAUAACUCAAGAGUUUCCAGGAAAAGGCAAGGCUUUGUUCCAGGUGAAUCAGUGGCUAACCUGGCUAGAAACUGCUGAAGAAGAAGAAUCAGAGGAAGAAGCUGACUAAAGAACCAGCCAAAGCCUUAAAUUGUGCAAAACAUACUGUUGCUAUGAUGUAACUGCAUUUGACCUAACCACUGCGAAAAUUCAUUCCGCUGUAACGUUUUUUCACAAUAUUUAAAGCAGAAGCACGUCAGUAAGGUUCCUUCUGCAUAAGGUUUUUGUAGUGUGAUGUCUUAAUCAUAGUCUACCAUCAAAUACUUUAGGAGUAUCCUUAAUGUUUAGAUAGAAUAUUAGCAGCAUGCAAUAAUUACAUCCUAAGUUCUCAAGCAGAGGCAGUCUAUUGCAAGGACCUUCUUUGCUGCCAGUUACCAUAGGCUGUUUUAAGUUAGAAAACUGAAUAGCAACACUGAAUACUGUAGAGAUGCACUUUGCUCAGUAAUACUUGAGUUGUUGCAAUAUUUGAUUAUCCAUUUGGUUGUUACAGAAAAAUUCUUAACUGUAAUUGAUGGUUGUUGCCGUAAUAGUAUAUUGCCUGUAUUUCUACCUCUA